AGAGGCGGGGUCCAGGAGGGGGGAGGGCAGGGUUGCGGCGGGCGGAACGGUGUCUCCUUCACUUCGCCCUCCAGUCGCGGCAGCCGCAGCCCAACCCCGAGCGUGCCGAACGGCGGCGACGGCCCCCCUCUGGAGACCACUAGAUCACCUUUCCCCGGAGCCUCGCCAUGGCAACCUAUGGAUCGACCUGCGCGCGGCCAAUGUGUAUCCCUCCAUCAUAUGCUGACCUUGGCAAAGCUGCCAGAGAUAUUUUCAACAAAGGAUUUGGUUUUGGGUUGGUGAAACUGGACGUGAAAACAAAGUCAUGCAGUGGCGUGGAAUUCUCAACAUCUGGUUCGUCAAAUACAGACACUGGUAAAGUUACUGGGACCUUGGAGACCAAAUAUAAAUGGUGUGAGUAUGGUCUGACUUUCACAGAGAAGUGGAACACUGAUAACACUCUGGGCACGGAAAUUGCAAUUGAAGACCAGAUUUGUCAGGGUUUGAAACUAACAUUUGAUACCACUUUUUCACCAAACACUGGAAAGAAAAGUGGUAAAAUCAAGUCUUCUUACAAGAGGGAAUGUAUAAACCUUGGUUGCGAUGUUGACUUUGAUUUUGCUGGACCUGCAAUCCAUGGUUCAGCUGUCUUUGGUUACGAGGGCUGGCUUGCUGGAUACCAGAUGACCUUUGACAGUGCCAAAUCAAAGCUGACAAGGAAUAACUUCGCAGUGGGCUACAGGACUGGGGACUUCCAGCUACACACUAAUGUCAAUGAUGGCACAGAAUUUGGAGGCUCAAUUUACCAGAAAGUAUGUGAAGAUCUUGACACUUCAGUAAACCUUGCUUGGACAUCAGGUACCAACUGCACUCGCUUUGGCAUUGCUGCUAAGUAUCAGUUGGAUCCCACUGCUUCCAUUUCUGCAAAAGUCAACAACUCUAGUUUAAUUGGAGUGGGCUACACUCAGACUCUGAGGCCUGGUGUGAAGCUCACACUGUCUGCGCUGGUAGAUGGGAAGAGCAUUAAUGCUGGAGGCCACAAACUUGGGCUUGCCCUGGAGUUGGAGGCUUAAUCCAGCUGAAAGAAACCUCUGGGAAUGGAUAUCAGAAGAUUUGGCCUUAAUAUAUUUCCAGUGUGACCAGCAGGCUUUUUUCCCUCCAAGAAGGUGAUCAAAACAAAGGAUGAGCUACACAAGAGCUGUGUUUUAAAUAUUUACAGUUACUUGUUAGCUGGUUUCUAGUUGAAUUGGUUGUCUGUCUAGUUACCAGUGCUGCCGUCGUGCAGCCUCCUAUACAUUAUUUAAAUGUAUUUAACUGUUCAAUGAGCUACCCACCAAUAAUGAAAUAGACCUUUAUGAAAAUUGUGCAGUCGUGUGCAUGUUUGUUUUUAUGUUCCUUUUCACAUUGAGCACUGCCAUUGAAUGAAAUGGAUCAAUGGAUUUAAGAUGAGGUUAAAAUUUCUUUUGUUAAAUAGCAACCAUUAGAAUCACUUUUGGUACCCUAAGACAUGACAAAUUAUGAAUAAAACAAGUAUACAUAAUUAAUGACUCCAAGUAUUUGCAGAAUUAAAAAUUUGCUAGCUAGGGUCAAAUCUCCCUGGAUAUCUAGCUAAUAAUUUUUUUCCAGUGAGCAUUUUGCUCUUUACCAAAAUCUGUGCCACAAACUCCCCUGUGUUCUUAGAGUAACUUUGUGAGCCUUUUAGACUACAAUAAAAUAAGAGGAUAUAUGGCUUUA